AUGAGUCGAGGGACUGGUUACUCUUAUCGACAAGAUGUUUCUCUACAGGAGUACUUUGAGGCCUGCGCUGGGAGCAGCAGUGGCAGUAGUGUACAUGAAAGUGAUAGUGCAAGUGAUCAGGACUCUCCAAACUACUGGCGCGCCGCCUGCCGCUCUCCACUGCGUGGAAAGGCAAGACUGAAACUCCACCAACGCAACUCUGUACAGCACGCACUGCAGGAGCGGAGAAACUCCAUGCGCAGGGGACGUGAUGCCGAGACAACAGCGGCGUUAUUAGCUAAACCAUUACAUGUGGCUCCUAUUACUCUUAGAAGAGGUGAUGGGGAGAGUAGAACAGAGUUUAAAGAGAAUGAUAUCUGUUCAACCGCCAUAGAGCGUAUUAUCUUUGAUGUUCUCUGUGCUUUACGUCAGUCACCCAAUGAAUGUUUUGAAACAUCUAUUCUAAAAGAGAAGAACAAACCACCAGUGUGGUCACGCCGUAAAGUGGUGAUAACGCAAAAAUUAUGGGAGAAUGAUGUACCUUUUAGUGUUCGUACACUUGUAGAGAAAAUUCUCACUGCCGCAAACCUUGUUGCUCAAGCCCAUUGGCAAAUAAAAGAACUUGCGACAUCUCUCUCUAGAGAUGAUAUUGGAAUGUCAGAAGAUACCUUUAGUAAUUAUGGAGAAACUUGCACAGGUGAUGAUGGACUACUAUUAGCAUCAUCUCUUGUUCUUUCUCGUUUUAGUGCUAUUGUACGUUUAUUCUUACAUAAUAUCGCAAGUUGGGCUUUGCAUAUACAAGAAGAAGUGGUCUCUAGAGGUUGUACAGCUAUUAUACAGAAUGAUAUGCUACAAACUGUAGAAAAGGUUCUUCUACCCAUAAAGCGUUGUAUUCUUUUAAUGGAGGAUGCCUGUAGUAUUACACAUGAGCAACAACAAACAAAUAAUUCAAAUAGUGAAACAAAUAAUCUUGACACUGUUACUCGUGCUACAGGACUCAUAGAUUACCUCAUUGUACGAAUGAGUGUAAUGCAGGAUAGUAAUACCAUGGAUCUUUACCGUUUCUAUAUGGUUUUAUUAAUUUAUUGUAGUUGGCCCUAUGUACUACUAAUGACGUCAGCUAUUUUUGGAUUUGUAACAGAUAUUGAUGCGAAUACAUGGCGUUCAAAGAUCCCUCGUAUUUUUCGUCUCUCCUUCUCACAUAUACGUGUUAGUGAAAACAAUCAUUUAGAUCGAAAAGAAUUGGCUUUACCAACGGACAUUCUUUCACUUGUUUUAUUAUGUGUUGGAUACGAAGGUGUGGGGCCGAAUGAACAGAGUAAGGAAAGUAAACGGCAGCGAUGUGAAAAUCGUUCUAGACGUAGAGCUGCAUUUGCAUCUAUGCUUUCUUCGCGAAGUUUUAUUCUUCGUAGUUUUGUAGCAUUUUCACGUCAAAAGACACUUGUGGGUUGGUGCCGUAAACGAGCCGUAGAUCAACGUCCAACUGGUGUUAUUGCAAACUCCAAUAAAGAAGAAUUAUGGCGUACAACGUUGAGUGAGUGGCAAUCAUGGCGAUUUUUACAACAGGAAGAGGGACGAUCUAAUAGAUUUACAGAUAUUGUUUUACCACUUGUACUCUCUAGUCAUCUUGAAUACAGUCUUAAUACAUCCUCACAAUCAAAAGGUGUCACUUGGGCAUUGCAAGUAGAUGAUAAUAAAACACAUCAUGACAUGUUACUUCUAGACACUAGUGAGUUAAAGGGUUUGCCCAUUACAGAGUUAUGGUUGCAUACUUCUUUGCCUGCCGCAAGAUGGGUUAGUGUGAGUUUGCUAGUUCCUAUAGGACAGGUAGUGCAAAGAUUGCAUGAGAGACGUCUUGUGGAGUUACUCUCCACUACAGUGGCUCGUCAGCGUAUGGGAUAUUAUACUGUAGACAAUAAUAAUAAUAAUAAUGAUAAUAAUAAUAAUAAUAAUAAUAAUAAUAAUGAUAAUCAUGAUAAUGAUAGUGAUGAUGGUAUGCUAGAUAUGGAAUUGGAGGUAAGUGUGAAUGGUGAGGAUAACGUUCUUGCGUUUUCACUACGAGAUGUUCCACAUAAGUUAGGAGGUGAAACUAGUAAUAAUGGUAGUAUGAAUCCUUUAAGUAGAACUGCUGUUGAUACUCCUGAACGUCUAUUAAGAUCACAUAAUGUAACAUUUCGUGAGGCAGUUAAAUUGAUUAUUGAUGUUGUGCUCUGUAGAGAUAGUGAACGGAUAGUGUAUACAUUCUUACAUCGUCUGUUUCUCGAACCCCAUUGGUGGUUCCGACGAGAUGCUGCAGAAUACACAAGUAAUGGGACAGCCUCUAUCUUUAUAUCUAAUACCUUUGCAGAUGCACUUCGUGGAAAACCAUUGGGCCCAUUUGUUCGUCUUGCAGUAGCACCAAAGACCGAAUCACAAUCUUCACAAAACGCCAAUGAUGGACAUCCUUUUGAAAUGUUACGUACCUUCGCGUCCUUUGAACUUAUUUUUACAUUCCCAUGGGAUAUUGCACUUAUACUACUACCAUCGGAUCUAUGUGUGGAGUGGGGAAAAGGAGGGAAUAUUCAAGAAAAGUACGCCUCUUACUUCUGGAAAAAUCGACGACGUAAAUUAGAACAACAAGAGAAAGAGAAAGAUUAUCCAACAAAGGAAUUCCAGUUACAACCACAAGACUACUGGAGUUACUGCUUUGGUUACUUGUGCUCACUGUACUAUGCCCAGAUUUCAUUGCGAGAACAGCGAAAACGACUGCAACGAAGAGAUGUGGAUACAUAUCACCUCAUGUCCGUACUUGGUACGACAGAACAAGGGAAGGCACACGCUGCUCGUAUUACGAGAGGACUUGGCAGUGCGUACUUUGAACUUUCCUUCGCCGUGGACUCACUACUUGGUUUCACACAGAAUAUUGUAAGCAUCACUGCACGCGAGAUGGAGGAGGAGUUAACACGAAUGAACACCUCAGCAGGUUCAUGUAUUACAUUAUGCCAGCGAUUAGACAGUCGUCUUCUACGUCUACUCUGUGUGUGCUUCCCAGUACAAACACGCUCAGAUGCCAUAAAGCCGUUGCCAGAGUCCACUUCUAUUCGUGAAUCCAUUACUUUAUUACUCACGAUAGCUUUAGACCCGGCGAAUCUGCCACUUAAACACGUUACCUCUAGAACACAGAAUGCAAUUGAAGCGCUUGUGACGGUUGUACGUUCACUCCCCAUGACAUCUGUGCUUCGAGAACAUGUUUGGCCGUUGCUGGUGUUGUUGACAUUCAAUCGUUUCUACGGUGAAUGA